AUGGCAUCGUCCAUGGAUAUCCAAAUCCUUGAAAGUGAUUCAGACAUGGAAGAUUCAAUGGAAGAUAAUGUACUUAAUAGCUCUAAUAACGUUUUUCCAUUCCCUAAAUUUGAAAAAUUUUUUAAAAUAAAUAUUAAAACAAAAUCUGGAUUCAAAUUCCUGUGCUUAAAAUGUAAAAAAAAUAUAUCAUCAAAUCAAUCGAGUAGCUAUAACCUGAAGAAACACCUAAAGACUGUUCACGCCAAUUGCUAUAAGGAAAUAGAGAAACAUAUAAAAAAUUUUGGUCUAGGAGAAUCUUCAUUAAAAAAGACAAAUACUAUCCAAACCAAAUUAACUGAUAAUAAACAUGCCAAUAUUUCACAAAAAUUGGCUGAUAAAGUUAUUUUUGAUUUUAUUAUUGACACAGUUCAGCCAGUGUCUUUGGUUGAUAAUCCAUCAUUUACUAUAAUGAUUAAAACUUUAUCCCCUGGCACAACAGUUUUAUGUCGCCAGACACUUAUGAAUAAAAUAGCCGACAACUUCAAAGUGAUGAAAGAUGCCCUAAUAGUAGAGUUAUCAGAUAUAUCUUAUGUAUGUACCACGGCAGAUAGUUGGACACAUAACAGAAGAGCUUAUUUGGGAAUCACAGGCCAUUGGUUAGAUCCUAUAACUUUAAAAAGAAGAUCUGUAGCCUUAGCCCUUAAAAGGAUUAUAGGAUGCCAGACAUAUGACGUACUUGCAAAUAAAAUUAUUAACAUCCACAAGUCUUUUAGGAUUCAUAAUAAAGUUUGCAAGAUGGUUACUGAUAAUGGGUCUAAUUACCUGAAGGCAUUUAGAAUAUUUGGUGAGGAUAAUGCUGAAGAUGAGAUACAGAAUGAUAGUCAACAUGUAUUGGAAGAGGAGGAAAUAGGUGUUGAUGCCAAUGAUAUUAAUGAGAUCUUAGAAGAAGGAUCUUCAACUAACUCCACAAUGUUACCCAGCCAUCAUAGAUGCUCCUGUCAUAAUUUAAAUUUGAUAGCAACAGUAGAUGCUAAAGGAGCUUUAAAUGAUGAAGAUUUUAAAAGGGGAGGUAUUUAUUAA